UAAUCAUACUAAAUACUAUACUGUCCAAUCACAGCCGUUCCAUUCUUUAAAGGAAUGACUAUGAUUGGCCAAUGUAGUACUUAGUACGUAUUAAGUACGUAUUAAGCCUAUAUCGGUGUAAACUAGGCCAUAGAACAUCUGUUUUGGUAAAUACAGUAUUGCAUUCUGUACACUGUACAUAUUAGAGAAUAUUAGUUACAUAUUAGUUUUGAUCGGCGCUUUAUACGCCGAAACGUACAGCCGCCGUGUUUAUAUUUUCCUUGUGUUGGGGUAAAACCAGAUGUGAAAAUGCCACGGAAUUAUAAGAGGAAGACUGAAAGGCAGAGCUGGUCUGAGGAGAGCAUGGCUGCAGCAAUCAAAGACGUUAUGGAGGGGAAAAUGGGCUACAAAAAAGCUGCUGUUAUCCAUAAGGUUCCUCAAUCUACUCUGGAAGAUAAGAUAAAGAAAGCUAAAAAGGAAGAGGCUCAAGAAGAAGACCUUGUGAAAUACAUAUUGUUUUUAAAAGAAGGAUUAUAUGGUCUUACUUUAACAGAUGUACGCAAACUCGCAUUUCAAGUAGCUGAAAAGAACAACAUUCCUCAUACAUUCAACAGGGAAAAGGAAAGAGCAGGAAAAGAUUGGCUCUACAGUUUUCUUAGCAGACAUAAGGAAUUAUCAUUUAAGAAUCCAGAAAAAACUUCUUUUACACGCAUGAAGGACUGUAACCAUACUGCUGUUUAAUCAUUUUUUGAUAUAUUAGAGUCCAUUUAUAAUAAAUACUAAUUCUCACCUAAUAACAUUUAUAAUAUUGAUGAAACGAGCAUCAUGACAGUACCAAACAAACCAUCUAAAGUACUAACUCUGCAUGGAAAAAAGCAGUUGACUCUUCAUCUUCCAGUGAAAGAGGCGUUCUUGUUACUACUGAGAGAUGUAUGAUAGAAUACUGCUGGUAACUAUAUGCCCACAAUGUUUAUUUUUCCUAGAAAGAAAAGUAAAUCCUAUAUUGAUGACGCUCCUCCCGGCUCAUUUGCUGUCUAUCAUGAGAGUGGAUGGAUUCAGAAAGACUGCUUCAUUAUUUGAUUCAAGAAAUUCAUUGAGUUUUCUCGUCCCUCAGCUGAAAAGCCAGUGUUUUUACCAGUGUCUUGAUGGACAUGCUUCUCCAAAAAUGUGGAUCAAACUUGCAUGUGGAAACAACGUCAUCAUCUUGUGCUUCCCUUCGCAUUGCAGCUACUUGACGUAUCAUUUAUGGGUCCUCUGAUGACAUAUUAUGAACAAGAGAUGUGAAAAUGACUAAUUAAUCACCCAGGACAAUACAUAACGAUAUAUUAGGUAGCGAAACUAUACAGAGAAGCUUUUUCAAGAGCAGCUAUAAUGCAAACUGCUAUAAAAGGUUUUGAAAAAUCGGGAAUAUAUCCAUUGAAUAGAGACGUGUUCCCUGCUCCAUCAGAGACUAUUGAAAAGCCUAUGUAGCAGAAAGCCCAAAAUGAUAAGGUCCACUCUAUGACAUCUAAAGAUGAUGAGACCCAGCCAUAGACAUCAACAUUUGCAAUUUUCUCUAGCGUGCUGACUUUCCUUUCCCAAGAAGAAAAAAGGAUUCAGAAAAGAAACAACAGGAAAAGAGAAAAAAACUGCUAUUUUGACUUCAUCUUUGUAUGAAAAGUAGUUGGAAAUAGAGAUGGCCACUCAAAAAAGGAAACCAUUAAAAAAAAAGUUUAAGACUGCUAAAAUUAAAAAAUUAAAUAGGAAAAGAAAGCAGGAAGACAGCUCAUCCUUAGAGGAGGAAAAAUAUGUAGCUUGCAUCUUUUGCAAUGAUUCAACCAAGGACUGGAUACAAUGCAUUGUAUGUCAAGAAUGGGCCCAUAAGUUCUGCAGCAAUGUAGAGCAAUAGGAUAUCUUUGUUUGUGAUUUUUGCAUAUAGAAUACUUUGUAUUGUAUUUUGAUUAAAAUAAAUCUAGAUUUUGUUUUAUACG